AUCUUGGCGGGCUCGUGUUAACGAGGCACCUGUUGAAAUUGAUGCUACCUCGCCUGCUGAAGUGUCGAUUCGUGCACGGGACGCGUCUCUUGACCUCCACCAUGCCAGCAGCGAAGAGGAAGCGAUCAGUUAUUGCUGCAAAACCCAUCUCGAGCGGCGUUGAGCCAGCAGCGCCCUCGAAACGACGAGCCUCAGCGCGAACCGCGGCCGCAGCAACUAUCACCGAUCCCAAUCAUAACGGCGAUGUUGUUGACGCUCCUGAUGCACUGCGUGCUUCUCCCGACGGCGAUGUCGACCAGAAGAUCGCCCCGAGUCCAGUAGGAAGCGAAACGAAUGGUAGUAAAGCCGAAAGCCCUCUCAGCGAUUUACCGGAGACAUUGGAGCCGCCGAAGACAAAAUUGAAGACGGGUGGGAAGACUCAGAAGGUUGCUACGGAAGGAGAGUCUCAGCGCCAUACACGCACCGACUCCGGUGAUCCGGAGGCAGGUGAGGACGACGCUUCGGCGGCUGAUCCUGAAGAGAUCAAGGAGGCCUUGGCUCGUCCACCUCCCGUGAAUAGCGACUACCUACCCUUGCCAUGGAAGGGCAGAUUGGGAUAUUGUUGUCUCAACACAUAUCUGAGGAAUUCCAAUCCCCCAGUCUUUAGCUCGCGAACGUGCCGAAUUCAAUCCAUCCUCGAACAUCGCCACCCUCUGCAGAAUCCCGCAGAACUCGAGCAUGCAACUAAGAAUCGCCCUGACGUUCAGAAACCGGCCGAUGUUGCCUUGGGCCAGAAAUACGUGCAAGACCUAGGGUUGGCGAAUGUAAGAGAUAUCAUUAAAAUGGUGCGCUGGAACGAUCGGUACAACAUCAAGUUUUUCAGAUUGUCCAGCGAAAUGUUUCCAUUUGCAUCUCAUCCAGAAUACGGUUACAAGCUUGCAUCCUUUGCUUCUGAUGCCCUUGCAGAAGCGGGCAAAGUGAUUGCUGAGCUUGGGCAUCGAGUCACGACACACCCUGGACAGUUCACCCAGCUAGGCAGUCCGCGCAAGUCGGUAAUUGAUAACGCUAUUCGAGAUCUGGAAUACCACGAUGAAUUGCUAUCACUUUUGAAGCUCCCUCCGCAAAUGGAUCGAGACGCUGUCAUGGUUCUGCACAUGGGUGGUUUGUUUGAGGGAAAGACCGAAACUUUGCAGAGAUUCCGCGAGAAUUAUGCGACCCUCAAGCAGAGUAUUAAGAACCGCCUCGUUCUAGAGAAUGAUGAUGUGAUCUGGUCUGUCCAUGAUUUAUUACCAGUCUGUGAAGAGCUGAACAUCCCUCAGGUCUUAGAUUACCACCACCACAAUAUAAUAUUCGACUCGGAGAGGAUCCGAGAAGGUACCAAAGACAUCAUGGACCUCUAUCCCCGCAUUUCUGCCACAUGGAGUCGCAAAGGCAUCAAGCAGAAGAUGCAUUAUUCAGAACCCACGCCAGAAGCUAUCACCGGUCGACAACGUCGCAAGCAUAAUCCCCGUGUGGCCACGCUCCCACCUUGUGCACCAGACAUGGACUUGAUGAUCGAAGCCAAAGACAAAGAACAAGCAGUGUUUGAGCUCAUGCGUACGUUCAAGCUGCCAGGUUACGAUAGCUUCAACGACAUGCUUCCUUAUACUCGCAACGAUGACAAUAAGAUGGCGCUUCAAGCUCUGGCUAGGAAGAAGAAGACAGACGCUGACCCCAUCCAAAUGAUAAAUGAGGAUGAUUGUGGGAUGGGAGGCCCGGAGGGCAGGGUUUACUGGCCCCCCACGAUGGAGUCGUGGUUGCGGCCGAAAAAGAAAGAAAUAAAGAAGAAGCCAUCAACAGGCCCGACAGAGAAGUCGAAGAAGGAUGCCGCUGCUCUUUAUGCGGCCAAAGAAGCUGAGAAGAAGGCUACCAAAGACAUGGUGAAGGAAGAGGAAUUCGUAGAGUCGGAUCCCGAAGCCACGCCAGCAACGAAGAAAGCCAGACUUGCAAUGAAGAAGAAGACUCAGUCCGAUGCAGACAAGGCUGCAAUCAAGUCUCAAGAGUCCAAAGCCAAAGCGGCCGAUAAGGCGGCGCUGGCCCAUGCGAAGGCCACGCUGAAAAAGACGUCUAAGACGAAGAAGAAAGCUCCUAUAUCCAGCUCCAGCAAGACAUCUGACAGCGAGGACGGAUUAGAAACGACAGGAAAAACCAGACCAGCAGUCUCGAGGGCCAGCAGCAGGAGAGCAGUCAAGGUCAAAAAGGUUAGCUACAACGAGGACGACAUGGAGGAGUAAUGCGCUGCAGAUGUGCGUAGAUAGCGCAAUACAUUACGUUGUAUAUGUAUGGGUGUAUGGAUGGAUGUAUUUGAA